GCUGUUCUCUUCCCCCAACCUCACACUUGAAAAUGAGAUUAGCAUUUGCAAUUAGCAUCCAGCUUUGACUCUAUACCCUAUAGUUUAAGGACGAGAUAAGCCUGGGUUUUUUUUUUGGAAGUCUUCUGGUAGUAUAUUUUACUUCAGUUGUUGCAUCGUGUUUGUUGAUUAGUAUGUCCUUCUCCUACGUGGGCCGUUCGUUUGGUUGUGUUUUUGUCCUCACCAUCUAAUUCUUAAUUGAAUUCGCACAAUGCCGCAGUGUUCUGCGGAAUUUUCUCUAGAGCUGUACCACAACCCAACAAACAACAACUAUUAUUUGCAGAAGGGGGAAGGAAGGCUGUUCAGGUGGCACCAGUUUUGCCUCUUUGACUCGUAUUCUUCCUCGCUGUCAUUCAUUCACUGUAUAGGUAACAUUUCCUUCCCUUACCCUUCAUGUUUUCUUGUCCGGGAAUCAUGCCUCGGGUCUGAUUUCUUCUAGGGGAAAAGAACAUGUAAAGAAACUUCUAAUGGCGGGUUGAGUAACGAAAAAGAGUGUUCGUCCAGUAAAGUGAAAGAGUGAAUAAACACAUAAAGUUGAGACGGUUGAGUUAGAUACAACAUUAUUUUAGUGGUUUAAUUAUUAUUGACUGAGAUGGGGUUACAUUUGCAAGCUUUAUGUCACAACAUCACGAUGUUUUGUUAACUAGCUAGUGCUGCAACCUAAUUUGUGCUACGAAAGACUAGUAACUUUUUUCCUUGAGUUUAUUAAUCUUAAUCUGUCGUUAAAAAUAUUGGUGGGGAAAGGGAACUCAUGAGACGAGCCUGCCAGGAUGUACCUUUUGCUCACCAAACCGGCCUGAUUGAUUAUUUUAGGGACGGUGACGGCCGGGAAUUUGGUUUUUAUUUAUUUGUUUAUUUUAGUUUUCCCUUUGCUGCUUUGUCAUUAUGCAUGAGGCUGUCAUUUUCAGGGCAUAAGCAGAAGUGAUUAUCAACAUAAACGUAAUAGAUUUGUACUCGCCGUCCCUUCUCCCCCACCGCUGUCAGAACUUAAAAAGUCUAUUUAUACCGCUCCCCCAGCCAGAGGAAAGACGUGUCUCAGUUGUGUGCUCAUUUCCUUUCUUUUCUCUCCUUUCUUUGUCCAUACAGAUACAGAGGUCUUUCUGCCCUGAGUUUUCUGGACAGAGAGACAGACCGAGAGAACAUCUACUUUAGAUUCAGAGGAACCAAGACUGACGUUACCCAUCACCUAUAAACUUCUGCCAGUUGGUCCUGAUCUCGCCAUUUGUGGCUCAAGUUCCGAGAACAGUUUUGCAAGGUAUGCCUCUACUUGAUCUGAAAAGAAAACAGAAGUAUGAGUUGCAGCUGCAUAAUGGCGUUAUAUUGACAGUAUUGUGUCUUUUGGGCUGGUUGAUUGGGACAAUCGGAUCGACAAUUGAACCCAAUCGAUGGAUCAGUUCAAGAAAUUCAUUACUACCUUUUCCCUUUCUUCUUCUUCUUCUUCCCCUGACACCACAUUCCAUCCUUUCUACUCUUUCAGUUUCAUGUCUCACGCGGUCUAAGUGGGUUCUCAUAUAAAUGAACGCUCAUAGCUGUAGUUAAAAGGACUCUGUAACUGCUGCUGCAGCUUUAAUAAUGCUUGUAUCAAGCUUCUGCGUUCUCUCGGCAAUAUCCAAAAAACAAAACUUCUGCAUUCCCGCAAAUUAUAACGGUUAAUGAUAUUUCAGGUGCCAUUGAUCACUAUGGGAGAAGACGGAAGAAACAUGACCGACUUGGAAAAGAAGCAGAAUUUGCCUGGAGAUGUUCCUACACUCCUCAAAUACAUCUCAACGAGUGAUCUAGCUGGUUUCGACAAUCUUGAAUCCAUUGCGGCAGCUAUGGGCGAGGUUGACCAACCGCAAACUUCGAACCACCAAAGGAAGUAUUCCAUUUCCAUCAGCAUGCCGAGCUCUCCAGUAGGAAACGGCUCGAAGAACACAAAGCACGUCCUUUUCGACGACACCCCUGACAAGGUUUUAGGUCCUGGAAUCCCUGAACCAGCAGCAGCCAAUCCGCCAUCUUCGACAGCAAAAGUGAAGUUCCAUUCUCAGCCGAUGCCAAAAGGAGCUGCGGUGGGGCACGGAAUCGAGAUGAACAGCUUCACCCACCAUCCAAAUCCCGCCAUUAGGAAGCUGAAGGACAAACGAUACGACUCUUUCAAGACAUGGUCGGGGAAGCUCGAGAGGCAGAUCUCCAAUCUGCGAGGGAAGCCAAGGGAGGAAUCUUUGCCUGAAGAUUCCGUUGGACCUGCGGCACAGAAGAUGGAUAACAACAAAGACGCCUUCCCUGUAGAUCGGUACUUCGAUGCGCUCGAAGGUCCUGAAUUGGAGACCCUCAGGCCUUCAGAAGAAAUAGUCCUGCCGGACGACAAAAAAUGGCCGUUCCUGCUCCGCUACCCUGUCUCAUCCUUCGGUAUCUGCCUCGGAGUCAGCAGCCAAGCGAUCAUGUGGAAGACACUCGCCACUUCCCCUGCCACCAAGUUCCUCCACAUCACUCACGACAUCAACCUCGUACUCUGGUCCAUCUCCGUCAUCCUCGUCGUCGUCGUGGCAGCCAUCUACCUCCUCAAGCUGAUCUUCUACUUCGAAGCCGUCCGACGAGAAUACUACCACCCGAUCCGUGUCAACUUCUUCUUCGCCCCGUGGAUCGCCCUCCUCUUCCUAGCCAUCGGCCUCCCCAACUCCGUCGCCACAACGCUCCCCCACGCGCUCUGGUACGUUCUCAUGGCACCGUUCCUCUGCCUCGAGCUCAAGAUCUACGGCCAGUGGAUGUCCGGCGGGCAGAGGAGGCUGUCCAAAGUGGCGAACCCUUCGAACCAUCUGUCGAUCGUGGGGAACUUCGUCGGAGCUUUGCUGGGGGCGUCGAUGGGGUUGAAGGAAGGGCCGAUCUUCUUCUUUGCUGUUGGGAUGGCUCACUACACGGUGCUGUUUGUGACACUGUACCAGAGGCUUCCCACGAACGAGACGUUGCCGAAGGAGCUGCACCCGGUGUUCUUCCUGUUUGUCGCUGCACCUAGCGUGGCUUCCAUGGCUUGGGCGAAGAUUCAAGGGUCCUUCGAUUAUGGGUCCAGGAUUGCUUACUUCAUUGCCAUGUUCCUCUAUUUCUCUCUGGCAGUGCGGGUGAACUUCUUCCGAGGUUUCAAGUUCUCGUUGGCAUGGUGGGCGUACACAUUCCCUAUGACGGGUGCAGCCAUCGCAACGAUCAGGUACUCGAACGAGGUUACCAAUGUCGUCACACAGGCGCUCGCCGUCGCCCUCUGCGCCAUUUCCACGCUCAUCGUCACCGGCCUGCUGGUGUCCACGAUCCUGCACGCCUUCGUCCUCCACGACCUCUUCCCCAACGACAUUGCCAUCGCCAUCAGCGACAGGAGGCCCAAGCACAGCAGCCGCGGCGGCGGCCACCAUCACCUGAAGUGGUUCCAUCGCAGGACCGGGAGCUCGGAGGCCAGGGACAUCGAGCAUUACUUGAAGUUCGUCAACUCCGAUUGCAAGGACGUCGAGGCUGGUUUCGACGACAACCAAGGAUCGGAUGGUAGCAACAAUGCCAAGCAGCAGCUGCAAGAGCAUUAGGGCGGCUUUUUUUCCGGGGGUGGAAGUUUAUCGAUCAGGGUUGUAGCCACGGGAGGGACGAUGACGACGACGACGACGGCGGCUUUUUGGGAGAUUGGGAGAGUUCCGGUGAAUGUGUGCUCUGUCUGAUGAGUGAUUUACUUUUGUGAUCUGUGUGGUAGUGUAAAAUAUAGCAGCAUUUUGCUUCUACGUAGUAAUGGAAGAAGGGAAAUUUCCUGUAUAAAGUUUGAUUUUCUGAGUGAUAAUUUACUGAAUGAGCUAUGGAUAAAAAAUGUGUGCAACCGUUUUCAAAGAAUAAGUUAAAGCGCAUAGACAAUUGUUAGUGCAUCCAAAAGGAAUACAAAUCCUCUAAUUCAUCGUUAAUAUCGUUGCACAAAUAAUGACGGAAGAGGAGAAUUUUUUUGUAAAAAUUUAGAUUUUCUAAAUGAGGAAAUUCUGAAUGAGCAAUCUAUACAAAAUGCGUAACCAGCUUCAAAGAACAAUCGGAAGUGCAGCCAAAAUGAAUACAAAUCCUCUUGGUAAUUAGUAUGUUGUUCCUUACUACAAUUAAGUGUAUAGAUAUGAGGAAUUGUGAUAUAAAUGAUCAAAAUCGGUACUUGAUUAACUACAAACUAGUUGUGAUUAAGGCUCACACUCUAAUAAUGAAGUGACGACCACCAAUUUCUAUUUCAGUAAUGAAUAUAUCAACAUUAU